UUAAUUUAAUCAUUUGUCCCUUUAAUGAUAUUUAACUUCACCGCUCUUCUUCCUCCUCCUCCUCCUCCAUCUCUCUCCCUCUUCUCCAACACCAUCAAUGGGUUCAACAGGAAACCCUAAUCCAUGGGAUCAAUACGAUUCAUACAGAGACUGCUCACAAGGAGUAUGCAGCGUCUACUGCCCUCAAUGGUGUUACAUCAUCUUCCCUCCUCCUCCCUCCUUCUUCCUCGACGACGAAGACUCCUCCUCCUCCUCCUCCGACUUCUCUCCUCUCCUCAUCGCUCUCAUCGGAAUCCUCGCUAGCGCCUUCAUCCUCGUCACAUACUACACACUCAUCUCCAAGCACUGCCACCGCUCCUCCACAACCUCAGGAGCUGUCAUCUCUUCCUCCGUCACCACCGACACUUGGCGGCAGGGAAACAACGGAGCUUCGAAUCCGAACGGAGGUGGAGUCGAUGAGAGUCUGAUUAAAUCGAUAGAGGUUUACAGAUACAGAAAGGGAGAUGGAUUCGUGGAAUCUUCGGAUUGCGCUGUGUGCUUGAGCGAGUUCGAGGAGGAGGAGAGAUUGAGAUUGCUACCUAAAUGCAGCCACGCGUUUCACGUGCCUUGUAUUGAUACUUGGUUGAAAUCUCACUCUAACUGUCCUCUCUGUCGCGCCGGGAUCAGCGUAACCGUCGUCACUAACGCCGUCGAAUCCAAUCAAUCGAUCGCCACGGAGUCUGCAGAGAUUCAAUCGGUUUCGAUCGAUUCCGUCGUCGUUAACUUAGAUCUGGAAACCGGAUCUCGGGAUGAGACGGUUGUUGUUGCUAACAUGAACGGUGGAUCGACGCCGAAACCACCGGAACUUCGGGGAACUAGAGGCGGAGAGCAUCAAGUGAAUCGGAACUCAGGUGACGUGGUAUUGAUCGCGGAUAUACUCCGGGAGAUCGAAGAGGAUGAAGAAUCGGGGGGUGUAGUAGGAACCUCUCGGCGUGUAGAAGAUGGGGAAGGAGAGAAGACGCCUCCGCCGUCAGUUUCGGCGGCGAAUCAAGCUGCUGGAGGAAUUUCUAAUUUUCUGGCGCGGAGUUACGGCAGAGCAAGGAAUUACCGUUUACCGAGUUGAUAAAAAGAAGAUUUACGAUUAGGAAAAUUUGAAUUUUAGUUAUAAAAAGUCAAAAUGCGAAUUGGCUUUUACUGUGUUGGUUAGUUAGACAAAUUUAUACGGUUGGUAAUCUUAUACCGGUAAAACCAUUCUACCCUUUUAUGUAAAACGCUUGAUGAGCUUUUAUCAUAGCCUCUAGCCCACUUUGAUAA